UUGUAUGUAUUUCUCGAAAGUUCGAGAUUUUUCUAGCGUCCACGCUUGUUGGCGGCUUGUCUAUUAGUUCUCCCUCUACUAAGAAAAUGUCUUUGACUUGUUAUAACAAAGGCUGUGGUCAGAAAUUCGACCCAGACAAUAAUGCAGACGACGCGUGCAAAUAUCAUCCUGGCGGGCCGAUUUUCCACGACGCGUUGAAAGGAUGGUCGUGUUGUAAGAAGCGAUCGACGGACUUUACCGAGUUCCUGAACACCCCCGGGUGCACGAGAGGACCGCACAGCAAUGUGAAACCCGUUCAGCCACAAGAGACGAAGACAGAUUCCGAGACAGACGGGUUGAAAAACAUCACUUUAGAGGAAGCUGUCAAACCUCCAAGGCAAAGAGAUCCUCUUCCCAAAUUAGACAUGGUCCGACCCUCGGCUGAUGAACCAAUGUUGAAGUUGAAGGUCACUGUCACAUCCUCGUUAAAAGCCAUUCUCGAGAAGUUACAGCAGGAAGAUUCAAACGUUUCACCCACCGUAGAUAACUUGGGAGAAAUCUCUGUUGGCACGAACUGCUACCACAAAUCCUGCAAAACCACGUACAAUGGUCCCAAGACAAAUGACACCCAGUGCGUGUAUCACCCGGGAUACCCAGUUUUCCACGAAGGUAUGAAAUACUGGACCUGCUGCCAGAGAAAGACAUCUGACUUCGAUAACUUCCUCUCGCAAGAGGGCUGCGAAGUUGGAAAACAUUUGUGGAUUAAGCCGAAAGGAGAGGGUGAGGAGAAAUCGUGUCGGUUCGACUGGUACCAAACCGGCCCCGAUGUUUGUAUAUCAUUUUUCGCGAAGGCCUCCCUACCCGAGAAGACUCUAGUGGAGGCUAACAAGGUCGUUUUGAAGGUGCAUCUCGUGUUUGAUGGCGGGAAGAGCGUAUUUGAUCAACAGUUCAUUCUGUGGGACGCCAUUGACCCAGAGAGAAGUAAUGUCAAACUCCUGGGCUCCAAAGUGGAAAUAAACUUGAAGAAAAAGGAGUCGUUUAGUUGGCCGACUCUUGAACUUCCUAAAGACAAGUUAAUACCUACUGGUGACAAAAAUAGUCAAUGAUACAUGUUUACACUAGUUAAUUAGUGUUCUUUAGUACAGUUCUCUGUAGUUUUAUAGUUAAAAUAUCUUAACAAAAAGCCUAUGAAGUUGAACUGAGAAGCAAUGUGAUAAAACUAAUCAAUGAUAGAUGUU